UUAUUUAAAAUUAAAAGAAAAAUUAUCUCAUCAGGCAUGAAAAAUGGUCUCAUUAGGGAUGCAUGGUCUGAACAGCAGCUUUAUUCACUCCAUGAAUUUCCCCCUCACAGGGCUGAAGUGUUUUUCAGCAGACAGGCUUUGGAAGUGCUGGACUAUCCCAAUGCUGUAACUAUUCUCAGAGUUUUUAGUAAGGUCACUUCCAGCAGUGAAGAUUACAAAGUUGUAUGUAAAAGAAUUAAAUAUUCCUAUGUAAGCCUUAUAGGGACUGAUGUAACUUGUGCUAAAACUAAUGGCAAAUUAUCAUUCUUUUGACCCUGAUUAGGGUGAAUGUACUCAUUUUUUCUUUAAAUACUGUCUUUUACUAAUUUCAGUAUUUUAUCCAAAUUGUGAAUGUAGCCCUCACUCAAACGCAUUAUUUACAAUCCUUUUAUCAAAGGAUACAGCAUGCCUCCAGUCUUCUGUAGACAGCUCAAUGCUCACAAUUCCCAUGCUUCAAACAAACUAAAUCUGAACAACUCUUCUUUGAUAAUACUGUGCUCUGGGUCAUUGCUAUGGGGUACACCAUGCCAAGCAAGAAAGAUACAUAAAUUAUGAGGGGAAAUAGUCUGUCUCCAAACAGCUUGCAAUGCAGGCAUCUGCAGAGGAUUUUGGAAAUAUCUCUACACAAUUCAUGGAAUGUUUCUAGGUCCAGAUGGGAAUUCAUCUUUCAAAUUCUUCACCUGACCAAGAAAAUUAGGACAGUGCCUAUUUCACAAGUAGCAUCCUUACUUCUAGUACCAUUAAAUGCAAACAAAAAAAAUUUACUGAAUAAAAUAUGGUAUAAAUGAGACAAACUACACAACUACAAAACUUUCCAUACUGUGUGAAAAAAUGUUUUCCCUCAUAACAGAACAAAAUCACUGGAAUUUUGCAAAGUUUGGACUUUCUUUACUUUUUAUGUACAAAGCAAAACUAUAAUAUCACAACACAGAACACUAGCUCAGCCUCUUCUCUGCAGAAUUCAUUGUUGUAAUGACUCCUGAGCAGAAGCAGAAAUAAAACCAUUGAGGUACAGUGAAUAAUAAUUUUCCAGUGUUUUUUUAUGGGUGGGAUCAGUAUUUCACACACAUUCUAAAUAGUAAGCACUCAUGCUUGCAGUCCCAUGGGGCACAGGGAAAUUGCUUACAGCAGAACAAAUGAAAAAGUGUUGCUUCUGUGUCAAGGUAAUGGUUAACAAAAUGGGAGUUUAUAAAAAACCACCCAAACCUUAGGAAAGCGAUUUCCAGAUUAUGGGAUGACAGAUUUAUACUUAAGCAGAUGAAUAGUAUUCACUAAGAAAACAGACCAACAUGCAAUCUGUUUUGAAACAAAUAUGAAUCCUGCCAGUGAAAACGUGAUGUGUUCCAAUCCUAGAAUGAACAGUAUUAGCUGUAUAACAUAUAAAAAAAUCCUAAAUAGGUGGGCCUUGGGAGAAACUAGCUCUCUGUUUUACCUCUUUCAAUUUACUGCUGCAACGUCAGGAAGGGGGGGUCCUCUUGCUUUCCCCAGGCUUCAGCAUAAGGUUUUGCCUCUCAUCCAUCCCUCUUCCACAAACAUCUGAAGCAUUUAGAGCUGUGACUCACCAAAGCCCACCUCGGGGCAGCUGUAGCAUGAGAGGGACACGACUGCAGUGAGUCCAUAGGGGUGCUGCUCCAUGGUGCCAGACUUAGUGCAGAUAAUGAGAAACUCCCCUAACUUCACUGCUCCUACCAGAGAAUGCUGUGAAGAGUGAAGCAAUUGUGGCACUAUGAGAGCUCAUAAAAGUAGCUUCCACUGUUUCUCUUUGCUGUCUCCAUGAGUAAAGGAUAAAACCUACAGUGAAAGUUUAAAUCCUAAAGGCAUAACAAUUUACAUCAGUAUUCCUUGAGCGUCUCAACUCCUAUUAUGGUUCCCCUCCACCCCACUAUCAAGGAGGACAAAUCUUCUUCGAUUAUGUUAUCUGGGGGAACUCUUUUAUCAGCUGCUGGGAAAAGUGGCAAAAAGUUCCUUUUUCUCGAACCUUGGUGCAUGCUAAGCCCAGCACUCCUUCUGAGCUCCCUUGUUCCUGUCCCUCCCACCCUUCUCAGAAUGGCCUGAGCUGCAAAAAGGCAGCCAGCUGCUUUUGCGUGCAGGUUUCUGUGAGAAAGGCAAGCUGUAAAAUUUGACUGUAGUCUGCAAGAGAAAGUGGUAGGUGGAAGAAAAACACCUGAGAACCGCUUCAGUAGCACCUAACUUUCCAUUCAGAAGCAAGCCAGGCGAAUUUAAAGCCAGAGCUUAUUUUAUUUGAUGGUAGCAACAUCCUUCACAUAGAAAAAUGAAAGGAAAAAAAUCUGUCCUCAGCCGAGUGGUGGUACCUUUUGAGCAAGUUUUUGUUUGCCUCCUGACUCCACCUGCUGGGAAGACGCCCCAGUACCUGCUAUCCGCACUGACAUGUUUGUCAGGAGUGCUGAGGUGAAUCACCCACCGCGCGUCCGCUCCGGCUCCCACCCUCACCGUGGCUCUCUGCAUAUUUAAAUAUUGGGCAGCUUGGAACAGUCAUAGCAGAAAAGUCCUCCCCUGCACUACUUCAUGCACAACCACUCGACACUUUUCCGUGAGGUAGGAGGUGUUGGCUCAAUUGCCCCUGGAUGCCCGCGUAGCUAGGGUCUGCUUUUCUGAGGGCACCAGAGGUGGCCAGAGGUGCUCGGAACCAGGUCUUUCUCGGGCUCUCCUUAGAGUUAGUUAGUUUAAAACGCUUACAUGACUUCUGGAGCAGAAACGGGAAUUUAGAUCACUCUGCCAUCCGAUGAGUGCUGCUGCCAACUCUUCUUCAUCCUCCCCAGCUUGGUGGACGAAGGGUCAUCCACAACGUGUCUCUCCAAGAAGACUCCACAAUGAAAAAAACAACCCAGAGUUGCUUCUUACUCAUCAUCCUUCUAACUAGAAUUGUUCCAAGUCUUUCUUCUACUGUAAAUUAUACUGAUCCUACAUUAGAGCCAGUAGUAACUGAAAAUUCAGUCAUACGGCAGAAGAUAAUAGAUUCACAGUUCAAAUGUUAUGAGAGGAUGAACAGAGCUCCUCCAUACAAGAAAAAAGGUCUGUUCUGCAACCGAACAUGGGACGGCUGGUUGUGCUGGGAUGACACACCUGCUGGAAGGCUCACUGCUCAGAAUUGUCCAGAUUAUUUUCCAGACUUCGAUCCAACUGAGAGGGCUUCAAAAUAUUGUGAUGAAACUGGAAAUUGGUUCCGUCAUCCUGAGAGCAACCGAACUUGGUCCAACUACACCCUGUGCAACUCUUUCACCUCUGAAAAAUUGAAGAUGGCGUUCAUACUUUAUUAUAUGGCGAUCGUUGGCCAUGCUUUGUCUAUAGCAUCCCUGUUGAUUUCCUUGGCAAUUUUCUUCUAUUUCAAGAGCCUCAGCUGUCAAAGGAUAACACUGCAUAAGAAUUUGUUUUUUUCCUAUGUGCUGAACUCCAUGUUUACAAUUGCCCACCUCAUUGCUGUCGUUCCUAACCCAGGCCUUGUAAAAAGGGAUCCUGUAAGCUGCAAAGUGCUGCAAUUCUUUCAUCAGUACAUGCUGGGCUGCAACUACUUCUGGAUGCUAUGUGAAGGCAUUUAUCUUCACACACUGAUCGUGGUGGCAGUUUUUGCUGAAGAGCAGCGUUUGCACUGGUAUUACCUCUUGGGCUGGGGUUUCCCUUUAGUGCCAGCAUCCAUUCACGCAGUUGCAAGAGCCAGAUACUUCAAUGACAACUGCUGGAUGAGCGUUGACACACACUUGCUUUAUAUUGUUCAUGGACCUGUAAUGGCAGCUUUGUUGGUCAAUUUUUUCUUUUUGCUUAACAUUGUCCGAGUUUUGGUGACAAAGCUGAGAGAUACCCACCGUGCUGAGUCCAACAUGUAUAUGAAAGCUGUCAGAGCCACUUUAAUCCUGGUGCCCUUACUGGGAAUUCAGUUUGUUAUUAUUCCCUGGAGACCAGAAAACCGACUUGCUGGAGAAAUAUAUGAUUACAUCAUGCAUAUACUAAUGCAUUACCAGGGCUUACUUGUAGCUACCAUAUUCUGCUUCUUCAAUGGUGAGGUGCAAGGAGCUCUGAAGAGACAAUGGACCCAGUACAAAACCCAGUGGGGCCAAAGGCGCCGAGAGCACUGUUCUACACGAUCUACCUCCUACACUGCCACGUCAAUCACAGAGGUCCCUGUUUACCUGUACCAUCAUGAUGCCAACAAUGAACAAUUAAAUGGAAGAUACAUAGAGGACUCUGAACUCGUUGCAUUAAAAUCUGGAGAGACAUCUGCCUAGCUGAGCACCUACAGCCACUACAAACACAUCAUUUCAUGUUCUGCUUGUGAAAAAAUUGGGGAGAAGGGUGGGAGUGUGAAGAUCCAAGAUGGUGUGUCAGAGUGCAGGCCCAGGCAGAAGGACACAUCCUAUUCAAACCACACCAACCUUUGACAGCAGUGAUGUAGAGGGAGCGUGAUGCACACCCGGAAUGGCAUUUCUUCCUGUGCACUGCAGCAGGGAGUGAACAUGGGCCUGCCCACCAGGCUGCAUAAUCUCCACGUCUCCUGAUACCAUCUGACAUUUGUAACAACCCCAGGUAGCCAAUAGCAAAUAGGAAAGAAAGAACCAGUAUGUGGCAAUUGGAAACUUUCAGCACUUUUUGCUUUUGGUACUUUUCCUUAACACUAGAUUUUAAACCAUCAGCUUUCAUGAAGUGUAACUGACUUGGAGUCCUUCACUUUUCCCUUUUAAUGAGAUUGAUGACUGCUUAAAAGAUUUCACACAUUGCAAGACAAAUCAAACAUAUGAACAGCAGAAAGUCAAUCCAAAGUAUUGAAAUCUCGAUGCUUUCCAAAGAAUGCCAAAAAAUAUAUCCCCAAAGGAUACCCCGAAAUAAUAUCAUCCCAUCAGCAGGGGCAUAAAGCAAAUUAAGGUGAAAUAGUCAUUGCAUACCGAGAUCUCAAACACCCACAGAGAAACAGAUCUACUCUUCAGGCCUGAAGGCAUCUCAAAACAUAUUUUGUGUAACAAUACUGGUGGUUCAAGAAUAUUUAUUUAUAGAAAAAAUUGUCACCCUAUUACUCUGCCCAGGAACUCAUCAUUUAAGACACAAUUCUCUUACUCUGAAUAAACUGUGAAAUUUUUUUGGGAACUAUGGUUUUAUUCAGUAGGCAUUCUGAAUUGAGUGCUAGAUGAAUGCUUAUCUCUGUUAUAAAUUUGUGAUCAUGGCAGUAUAUGUUCCCAUGAAAGAAAUAAAGAGCCAAUAUCUUAGCACAGGAAACAUCUACUUUUAGAAUCUGAUUGCUCUCCUGAGUUCCUACUCAUUAGAUAGUCUUGCCAAAAUCCUAUAUAAUCUAUUUCUGCUACAAUGGAAAUUAGCAGACUAAUCCCUGUUAACUUGGAUGAGCAAUGAACAACUCUCUUCAGUGUUCAGGAAUGAGUUAUGCAAUACAAUUCAGUGUACAUGUUCAAAAACGUGAGGCCAUUUCCUCCACAUUGAUUUGAAACCAUUUUUAAAUAUUGUAUCCAGCCAGGCUGAUUUUUCCUUCCCUGACACAAGCAGAUCCUAAGCUUUACCCUCAAUUUGUAGAUUUUAAAUGGAAGAAAAAUUUAUGUGUCCGGCUACAUGAGUCACCAUCUCACUGGAGAAGUCCCUUCCAGGACUGAGCUCAUGAGGAAGAGCUGCAAAGCCAGCACUACGAGAAGGGACCAGAUUUGCCCUGUCCAUACACGAGGCAAUGCCUUGCAGGGAAGGAGGCUGCUCUGUUUUCACCACCAGCACAUGCACCAGCUGUGCACCACAACACAUCCCCAGAGUGAGGAGGAAGCUGCUGGCUCUGCCACAAAAGAGGAGCUGGGGGACAGGAAGGAACUCUCUGCUGGCGGUGCAGAUCAUCACAUGGCCAAUCCAGCGGAACGCUUACAAGAAAAUACCAUCGUGUGUGUUUGUUCAAGCCACAUGCCUAUUUUUCAGACUUCAAAAAAUACAGAAAGAUAGAUAUUUUUUCAAACAACAGUAUUUCUCAUAUUGCUAUUUCUACUUUCACCAGUGAACAAUAGGAAAUGGAGGAGUCAGUUAUUAAAGACAAUUAAGUGGCUCUGCUAUGAAUCUGUAUUAUUCUGAAUAGCUUUAGGGCACACUACACUUCCCAGGAGGGCUGCAGAAGGCAUUCCUGCUUUCUAAAGACACAGAGGAGCUGAUUGUAAAAGAAAUGUGCAUAAUAUAGAGAGUUUAAUAACGAACAUGUUGGUUUUAAUAAUGUAUAUGUUUACAACGUGUAAGUGCAAGUUGUUUCACCGUCAGUUACAUUCAUGUGGAUGUACAAAAUGGAAAUGCUUUACCAUUAUAUUGAUUGUUUUCUUUCUUUGCUAAUGAUAUUUUUUUGCUCUGUUUAGUAGAGUGCCCUGAAAAGCCAAAUUCAGGAUCUGAGGUUUAGGAUACUGUUUGCAGCUUCGGUGUGCUUGUCUUUUUGGAAGUUUUGGCUUCAGUCAAGGGAAGAUCAUUUACAGCCACAAAAAAAUUGGUAUAACACAGACACUGAGUUUCGGGUUGUCAUCACACUUGAAUUUUGCAGAAAAGGCUGAGUUUUAAAGGUACUUACUGAGUAAUUUCUAAUCAAAAUAUUUUCCAAUGGGAAAUGUUGUUUUUCUUCAUCUCAAGAUGGUUUGAAAUAUCAUCAUUGCAUACAUAAGGUACAUUUUCUUCUCUGCUUUAUAAAUAGCACCAUACACUAGUAACAGUAAUAUUGAGAAUGCUGAUACAAUCUCAAUAAUUCCUAUUAUGACAGUAGGGUGGUUUGACUGUAACAGACUUCACAAGAACAACAGAAACAUGUAAUUAAUGUAUCAGUGUAUCAAAAAGUACAGAAGGAGCUGACUUGAAUCGGUGGAUUCAAGGUGUAUUUUAAGAGGAAAGCAACCUCACAUUUAUCACCUUUGCAGUAUCUGUUUCCUCUCAAACAUCACAGCCAACACAUGAAAACCCAGUUUAGUGAGCAUUUGCUCUGGCAGAAGGUUUUGCAUGGUCGCUCUGAGUGACUAAAUCUAUCAGGAAUAUAGAUUUAGAUGGAUGCUGGUUGUUAUUCUUUACGAGGUACAGAAACACAGCACAAAUUAAAAUAUUUGUUGUGGCAUGGGAUGUUGAAAGUAAGACUUUAUUUUUAUUUUAUUUACUUAAUAAAUAUAUUUUAUCUGAAAUAAAACAGCAACAAAAAUA